AUGAGCCGGCUCUGCCUCUCUGCAGCCCUUCUGGUCCUCCUGGGCACCCUGGUGGCCGGCACCCCAGAGGGUGACGACAGCAACAAGGACAGCCUGCGCCCUGCCUUCUGUCUGCAGUCUCCAUACACUGGUCCCUGCCGGGCCAUGUUCACCAGGUACUUCUACGACGCCGUGUCCGGGUUCUGCCAGACCUUUACUUACGGCGGAUGCAGAAGGAAGCAGAACAACUUCCUGAAUGAGAAGGAGUGCAUCAGCACCUGUGGUGGCCGCAACAGGGCCCAGGACUGGUCCUACCAGGUGUAG